AUGCUGAUCUACAAGGAUGUCUUCACCGGUGACGAGCUCGCCUCGGACUCCUUCCCAAUGAAGCUGGUCGACGACCUGAUCUUCGAGUUCAAGGGACGCCACGUCGUGCGAAAGGAGGGAGAGAUCAUCCUUGCCGGCUCCAAUCCCUCGGCUGAAGGAGAAGACGGUGAUGAUGGCGUCGACGACUCUGCCGUCCAGCGUGGCCUCGACUUCGUCCUCAACCACAACCUCGUCGAAAUGAACUGCUACGAGGAUGCCUCCAUUUUCAAGGCCUACAUCAAGGGAUUCAUGAAGAAGGUUAUCGACCACAUGACCGGAGCCGGAAAGCCCGAGGCCGAGAUCAACGAAUUCAAGAAGAAGAUCCAAGCCUGGGUCGUCGGUCUGCUCGCCAAGGACAAGUUCAAGACCCUCUCCUUCUACGUCGGAGAGCGACAAGCCGAGGGCAACGGCGAAGGACAAGUGUGCAUCGUCGAAUACCGUGACGUUGAUGGCGAGGAGGUCCCCACCCUGUUGCUGGUCAAGCAGGCGCUGGAGGAGGAGAAGUGC